AUGCCUCCUCGUUCCCCUCGCGGGCAUUCGCCCAGCCGAUCACCCCCAGCGCGUACGCGGUCUCGAUCUCGAUCUCCACGUCCUCGCGAGGACUCGCGUCCGCGAAGUGCCACUCGGUCACCUUCCCCUCCACGAGGCCGAACUCGAUCGCGCAGUCGUAGCAAAGACAGUCGACGCUACCGAAGCCGAAGCCGAAGCUACAGUCGAUCACCUAGCCGGACCUCGAGUCCAGCGAAAAGUGCCAAGAUUGUGGUGGAAAAAUUAACAAAAAAUGUCACGGAAGCUCAUUUGCGCGAGAUAUUUGGUGGCUUUGGGGAUAUUGAAUACCUCGAUCUCCCGGUGAACCGAGCCUUCAUGACGAACCGAGGCACCGCGUACAUCUUGUACUAUGACCCCGCAGAUGCCGAAGCGGCCAUCGCACACAUGCAUGAAGCCCAACUAGACGGGGCCGUACUGAACGUCGCCAUUGAAAUGGAGGACGUUCCGGAUUCAGAAGGGGGUCCUAUGCCAAAUCGCCUCCGCGCCGACAGGGUCGUGGCGCACGUCCUGGCGAACGCCACGAUGUGUAUAGACCUAAGUCUGUAUCACGCUCGCGGUCCCGAUCUCCGGUACGAAACCGAUCCUAUUCUCGAUCUCGCUCUCCGCCAAGACGAGGCAGUACUCGGCCAAAGAGUUCUGGUCAGCGUCGACGGAGAAGUCCUAGCUAUAGUAGCUAUGACGACAGUAGCCGUGGUGGAAGGACUCCGACGCCAGACAGAACCCGCAGUCGCAAUCGGCAUUAGACCAGAAUACGAUACGUCUAUCGCGGGGUAA